GUAUCUCUCGAGAUCUGGGCAGUGUUGACUAUCAUCAGAAGCGAGAUUGACCAUAUCAGUCGAAGCCCACCGGCACUAGGCUCAUUGGGACACAAAACCACUCACCCCCCCAGCACCCAGCAAGAUAGCAGCAAUCUGUCGAGGUUCAUGAGCUUGGGAAGCGCUAACCCAGGUUGUCCUUCACCAAACCAGUUCAGCUCACUAAAUCCCAGUAGGGCAGAGCCGGGCGACGAUCGAAUAAGUCCAACUAGUGAUCAAUCACCAGCCAUCUCUUGACCCCAACCCCAACUCGUUCUUCGCGUGGCUUCAUCAUCGGCUUAAUAUUCGAGUACCACGACCCUAAUCAGCAAGCAUACCAACUCAUUAACAACACUCGACAACUUCUCAUCUUUCAACCAUCACCACUUCCACCACCACUCCCAUCCCAACCGAGCCUACAUUCAUCUGUUUGUGAAAAAACCCUGCAUAGGCCAUCCUCCCCCCUCUCAUUUUCCGGACUUACAAACACAGGCACACUGAAUUAAAAACAACAAGAAGAAGAAGAAAAAAAAUCAAAAACCGAAAAAAUAGAAGUAACCGACUGUUCAAGGAUAAUAUCACAUCAAUCAAUCGAUUUCACGCGUGAUGUUCGACGCCAAAGUUUGUAAUGCAACCAAUACUGAAAUCAAAGAUGAGUCUGACUUCUUCUCAGACAAGUCAAUCAAUUGGGAUGCACAUAGGAUCGGUUGGGUGAUUGCUGGCUCAAUGGCCAUCCUCACAAUCAUCAUUUCUACUUACACCGUCUGUCAACAUGCUCGGCACUACCAUCGGCCAUCCGAACAGCGUCAAAUCAUCCGAAUCAUCUUGAUGCCCCCUGUAUAUGCUGUCAUCUCGUUCUUCAGUUACCGGUUCUUUCGCGCCUUCACCUAUUAUCAACUGGUUGAGACGGUUUACGAGGCCUUUGCUAUCAGCGCCUUUCUGUUUUUGUUAGUUCAGUACAUCGGUAAUGCGCCUGCCUCUCAACGAGUCAUCCUAGCCAAUGCGCCCAAACGGAGCGUCCCAUUUCCGUUCUGUUUCUGGCGAUACCGGCCCUCCAAGCCUUACUUUUUGCACGCUAUUAAAUGGCUCGUUCUGCAGUAUUGUAUCUUUCGUCCUCUCAUCACUAUUGUCGGGAUCAUUUGCGAAGCAAACCAUGUCCUCUGUGCAACCCAGUAUAGCGUCUACUUUGCUCAAGUCUACCUCGAAGCGAUUGACUUUGUUGUAUUCAGUUUAGCACUCUACGGCCUGAUGGUAUUCUACACAGUCACCAAGAUCCACCUUAAAGGCCAAUCACCCCUGGCCAAGUUCCUGACCAUCAAAGGAAUCGUGUUCUUUACAUUUUACCAAGGCUUCGUCUUCUCGAUAUUGGAGAAACAUGGCGUGAUUAAGGGAUCACUAUAUUGGACGCCGACGAAUGUUAGUGAGGGCCUACAAGCGCUUUGCACGACGAUCGAGAUGGUCGUCUUUUCGGUCGUCAUGAUUUUCUCGUUUUCAGCUGAAUCGUACAAGGCACUCAAACCUGGUCAAACUACGUCCGGAUGGAAGUCUUUUUUUCACUCCCAGAACUAUGGCGAUUUCCUUUUCGAGGCUUAUAUCUCACUGUGUUUCUUCAAAGAUUAUGCGAUGCGAAAGCCCUACACACGAUCAGCAUCGAAGCAAACCAAAGCAACUGGACUAGAUUUCGACCAAGCCUAUUCAUGGGCAGAUGGCCAUGCAGCACCAGCUCAAGAACAGCCUACUGAAGUCACUGAUGAUAAAUCUUAUAGACUUGGUUUGAUGCACUCGAUCGCUUCUACUAAACCUUAGUCUUCCUAUCCCUGUUCUCAUGCUCCCCUCCGCUUCUAUCUCCCCUCUACUUCUGCCUCUCCCCCUCUCUCUAUAUAUACCACAUAAAAUCUUAUGCUCCUGAGAACUUUGUUUCUUUUUUACCCUCAUCUCAAUCACACCCAACAACACACUCUACAGCAUUUCUCUUUCUCUCCUUUGGAUUUCUUCCCCCUCCCCCUUUUUCAUAUUUUUACAAAUGAACCAACUCCUUAUACAUAUUGAUUGUUCCAAAGAUCAAUUUCCUUUCUCAAAAAUUCAAGUCUUGUAUCAUAGCAAUCCUUAUUAAAUAAUCAUGUUUUUGUUUUUUCUGUUUUUUUGUCUUUCUAACCAGGGGUGGGGUUCUUUUUUGGAUGUUAAACAUUUUCCUUCUCUUUUCCUUCUUUCCAUUUUUCUCUCACAAAGCUUAACAAGAGAAUCAUGCACAAAAAUGAUGGUGUUGAUAUGUAAG